AUGGAGACGGUCGAGAACGAACUCCUAGUCCAUAUCAAUGCCCCCAGCACCGCACGAGAUGACCGACGCUACAUCUCCAUCGCAAAAUCAAUCCUGGACUUCAGGCCGGCUAUAAUCACCAAAGUCUCUGGCACCGAUCCUCCUUCGCUGCUCUCUGCUUGUGGAGAGGAGUUUGAUGGUGAUGAUGAAUACGAAACAUUGGGUGAUACUAGGAGAUCCUUUCCACAUCGACCAAACCUGCCUCGUCCGAGCACUGCUCCCGAACUGACCUCAAGCGGCCACCCGGCGAGACUACCUCGAACUUUGGCAGCCCGAAGACGUGCAUCUUCUGAGACUUCUUCCAUCAGCAACUCCUUCCCUGCACGUUGCAAGCCGAAUACCGGCGGUGCUGAUGUGCGCACACAAAGUGUCGAGAAUACGUCUGCCUCUCUAUCGCAGUCUCAGCCCAGAGUAGCUCCGAGCGAACCCCCCCUGGCUCCCAGAAACAACGAGCGGAGACAAAAGAAGCCACGGACGGAAAUUGAGUAUUGCAAUCUCGAGUUUGUCGAGCGGUCUGCACCCAUAGCUUCUGAUGGCGAUGAGACAGAUUCCACUGAGUCUGCAUCGUCGUCUCAGCUAAGGGUCUACGGUGCUUUGAGGGUGGAAGCCCGCGAGCCCCAGCCAGCAGACACUCGCUGUGUGAUCGAUUUGACAUCUCCAAAUCGCCACGACAGCCCAGUCUAUGUUGGUCCCGGCGCUCGACAAGUGGAGGUGAACAGUUACCACCCUCCAGCAUCGCCCAUAACCAGAAACGCAGAUUCUGCUCCCGGUCUCCAGCAAGUCGACCAGCAGAUAAGACUCCUGCCUGCAGAGGUCCGAUCUCCGAAUCCCCAAGGUGGGCAGCCGAAGUUUACGACGCAUAUUACCAAGACCUUGAGGAAGCUGACAAGCGGGGAGGCACCCUUGCUCAAGCAUUUCCGGCCCGCAUUUGUUUAUCGCGACGUCAAUGUUCUUGAGCGGGGAUACUGGCAAUUCUCGGUCAAAAUAGCAGAGGAGAGCAUCGUGAAAGGAUCAAGACAACCUCCGCGGGCCACACUGAAACUUCUGGGGUCCACUGCUCGCAAGAAACGCAAUAACUCUAAAGUUGUGCGGGAUCUAACGAGCCCAAAUCAUGCUCGGUGGACUGAGGAUGAAUUCCUGCAGUUCUGGAAGAAUAUGGCUUUGGUCGUUGAAUCAGGCAAGGUGGGAUGGGCGACACGUAUGACAAAGGAGCUGGAAGGUGACAAUCUCUGGAAGAUCAGAGUAUUCACCUGGGGAGAGUUGCUGGGCCAUAUCUGGAUGUUGUUUUUGGUUCUUUCGGAUAGGCUGAUCAGGAAGGCAUCGAUGGAAUGGAUCUCCGGGGAUGGCGCAGUGGUCGUUGGCAUGUUAGAUGGCAAACAUCAGUCUGGGGUAUGGAUGAGAAAGGGGCCGGAGGGGGCGUUAGGGGUUUGGGGUUUGGCAUAA